AUGGAAGAAAAUCGUAUGAUCGCUUCGAAUACUUUUGGCAAUGAGAAUUAUAUCAUUCAGGGCAAUGUGAACUGCAACCACUACGCCAGCAACCACGCAGAAACCCCCCCAGGGCAAGUGGACAACAUUCUAAAAUGCCUCUAUAAAUCGCCAUACAAAGACCGAAAGAACAGAAAUCCACAGCGAGUGCAGGGCACAUGCGACUGGUUUGUGUCCCACGAACACUUUCAGGCUUGGAACGAGAGCAGCUCGUCAUGUCUGCUUUGGGUGUCGGCUGAUCCUGGAUGCGGAAAGUCGGUGUUAGUAAGACACUUGGUCGACUCCGUCGUUCAGAGUACGGCGUCCAGAACCGUGUGCUAUUUCUUCUUUAAGGAUGAUUUCCCGGACCAAAAGAAUGCAGUCAGCGCGCUCUGCUGCAUACUUCGUCAGAUUUUUCUGCAGAAACCCUCCUUGCUUUCUGGGGCAAUCUUGAAAAGCUUCAAUACUGGUGGAGAGAUAUUCAACGCUUCAUUCAGCGAACUUUGGCAGACCUUUCUUCAGGUAGUGGAGGACGAGAAUGCAGGCGAAAUUGUCUGUCUUCUCGACGCAAUCGACGAGUGCGAAGAUCAGAGUGAUCAGGGAAGGUCCCAGCUUCUCAAGGCGCUAUGCGCCCUAUACGGUACUAAAAGGAGCUUUAAUAUUAAGUUCCUCAUCACCAGUCGACCUUACGUUGAAAUCCAUCGCGGUCUUCAGCCUCUAGAUAUUCCGGAGUUACCAGUAAUUUACCUGAGCGGAGAAAGCGAAGAUGAGAUGAAGAAGAUUUCUCAAGAGAUUAAUGCCUAUGUCAGCGCCAGAGUUCAAGACGUAGGGCAGAGACUACAGCUGACACAAAAAGAACGCAGUCUUCUAUUACAAAGACUCAUGCAAGUCCCUAAUAGGACCUAUCUGUGGGUCUAUCUUACUUUGGAUUUGAUCGAGAGUAGCAUUAAUAUCACCGAAAAGAUGAUACUUGAGGCUACUUCGAACAUACCGGUAACAAUCGACGAGGCCUACGAGAGAAUACUUUCUAGAAGCUCCGAUACUAGGCAAGCUAGGAUAAUAUUCCAUGUUAUUGUAGCAGCUGCACGACCCUUGACUGUCAAAGAAAUGAAUUUUGCGCUGGUGUCAAGUCAAAGCCGCCAGCCGGCCCCUGAUAUAGAUCUUGUGCCUGAUGAUCGUUUCCGCGAAAACCUACGGAAUACCUGUGGUCUUUGUAUCAUCAUUGUUGACUCAAAGAUUUAUCUACUUCACCAGACUGUGAAGGAAUUCUUGGUCAAAAGGAAUACGACAGAGACCUUCAAGAGUGAAUCUGAUGAUUAUGAAUGGAAGUAUUCAAUCCAGCCACAAGAAGCUCAUAUUAUUCUCGCAAAAAUUUGCAUUUGGCAUUUACUCGCGGGAUCACAGCUCUGGCACGAAUCAAUGUCAUGGCAGUGGAGAGAUACCUUUCUUGACUACUCCGCAAAAUAUUGGGUUUCACACUUCCGCGAGAUGGAUAGUGAAUCACAGUCAAUGUUGACAAAGUCAAUCCUGACAAUCUGCGACGCGGAUUCGUUUUGCUGCAAGACAUGGUUUGCCGUUCAUUGGUCCACUAUGCAGACAGUUUGUCCUCAAGGGUUCACUACCCUUAUAAUGACAUCCUAUUUUGGACUCGAUUUUGCAGUUCAGAGUUUGCUUGAUAUGGACGUCGACUUGAACGCGCAAGACAAGACAUACCAACGGUCAGCGCUAUGCUGGGCUGUAAGGAAUGGCUUUCGGAUGGUUGCUGAGAUGCUCAUUAGUGGCAGUCGUAAAAAGCUAGGGGUUUUCAAACUACGACUCAGGAAGGGAGCUAAGAUCGACUUGCAAGACGAGUCUGGUCGAGCCUCAUUGACAUAUGCCAUCUGGAAUGGGGAUGUCGCUCUUGUCAAGUUGCUAUUGAAAGCGGGUGCAAACGUACACUUGAAGGACAGGCUUGACAAAACACCAUUAUUCUACGCUUUUUGCAAUCCAGAUCACGAAAUAGUUGAUCUAUUUGUCAAGAAGCAACGGCCGGUUGAUGUUGAAAAUGAUAUUAGCACACUACUGUUUUCUGCCCUAGACAAUGGACAUGAAGAAGUUGUGAUGCAAUUUCUCAAGGCAGGUAGAGCCGACCUCGAAGCCCGGAACGACUGCGACGAAACGAUUCUAAUACUCGCCACUCGCACAUCUCAUGAGGCAAUAGUGAAGAUGUUGCUUGAGGCGGGGGCAAACCCGAAUGCUAAGGACCGCUAUCGCGAUCCAGCUUUAUUUGUGGCUAUAUACUGUCAAAAGGCAGCAGUCGAAUCCUUAUUGAGCACGGGAGCAGAUUCGAAUGCUCGGACAAACGCUGGCUUCUCGCCUUUAAUACACGCCUCAAUCAUUGGCCAUGCAGCAAUCGUGAAACUUCUACUUGAUGCCCGAGCAGAUGUAAAUGCUCAGACAGAUACUGGCGCAUCUGCAUUACUAUAUGCCACUUUCAUUGGCCAUGAGGAAGUGGUGAAACUGUUACUUGAGGCCGGAGCAGACGCGAAGAGUCAGGCAGACGCUGGCGCUUUAGCUCUAAUGUUUGCGUCUAAUGGCCAUGAUAUCUAUGAUACAACCAUGAGACUGCUCCUUGAUGCAAAGGUGGACACACGCUCUGAGCCUUACACGAAAUUUCUAGAUAUAUUCUUCAAGAGUCUUGGCCGGAGGGCGCAUAGGAGCAUAGUAAAAUUGUUUCUGGAGGCGGGAGCAUACGAAAACAUGCAAAGCCCCGAUGAUAUCCCGUCUUUUAGCAAACAACACUGGAAUUCGAUGCUGGACUACUUGCUUAGAGAAACAGCAGACUCUAAUACGAUCUAA